AUGAGCAGCGAGAAGACUGAUGCUCUCCGGAAGAAGCACAAGGACAAUAUGGUCUGGAUCCCGCGGCGGUGCGAGGCGGCGGGCUGCGACGCGAGGGAGGGCCUCCGAAAGUGCACUCAGUGCACGUGUGUCAUGUACUGCUCCAAGGAGUGCCAGAAGAGCGACUGGGAGCGGCACAGGGAGGAGUGCAAGCACAUCAGCAAGCUCGGCGUCCUCGGCAUCCCCUUCGCCGACGCGGAGAUGCUCGCGCGCCAGCCCCUCCGCACCGCGGCCACCCAGCAGCGCCCCGCGCCCGCCGACACGCGCCCGCGCGAGUGCGGCAUCUGCGGCAGCGCGGGCCCGCUCGCGCGCACGCCGUGCUGCGGGGAGUGGGUGUGCGACCGCCAGGAGCACUACGUCCCGGGCAGCUACAGCCGGGCGUUCUGCGACCGGUCGCACCGCCGGUACUCGGUGUGCGGCAACCACUGGGAGCUGGGGCACGCGGGGGACUGGCGGACGUGCGAGGAGUGCCGGCGGCGGUGGGCGGACCCGGACAGGCCGCGGGACUGGCACACGACGAACGGGUAUUGUUUUGUACCUGCGCUGGAAGAAUGGUACCCCCGGGGACAGAUGCUGACGCUGCUGUGCUACAGCUGGUGCGACAACCGGAUCUUCGACGGGUUCGAGAACUGCGCGGACCACGGCGAGAACGCCGAGGGGGAGCAGCGCAUCAUCUGCCGGGGGUGUGCCGACCACUUCCCGGGGGGAGUGCGGCUCGUCGUGCCGUCGGACAACGGACCGGGACGCGCGUGGCCCGCAUAA